AUGACUGUUAAGGGAGUCGUUCCUCUGCCAGUACAGCCACGAUCUGUACGACCUGUUGAACCGCUGCCAAUUUCCAUGACCGCCAUCGGUGGCGAAGGACAAUAUGAGGACGUCGUACCCGAGGCUCUGCUUGCUGCUGAACCCCCGCCUCCACCUGCAGCUAGCGUUCGUUCGCAGCCGCCCAGACUUCCAACUUCACGGGUACCUCCACCACAACCUCAGCCACUCCCAUCAGAAGGAGCGUAUGAGGAUGUAAUACCAGAGGCACUGCUCCAAGCUGCUCCUCCACCUCCAAUUUCGGCUCCGAUUCGUCCUCCUGUUUUUCCAAAAGCUUCUACUCCACUAGCGAAGACACCGCCCACACCUGCUAAAACUCCACCACGGCCUCCACCGCCACCAGCUCCUCUGAAGCCUAAGGAAGCAGCAGCACCUCCUCGUCCACCUCCACCUCACGUACAGCCGUCAGCUGCUGCAGCCCAAGAAGGACAAUAUGAGGACGUAAUACCAGAAGCAGUGCUUCUAGCUGCACCACCGCCACCAGGUCAUUCACCUGGCCCGCCUCCUGUUCCAAAACCAGCUCCACCUAAACCACCUGCUCCACAAGCCAGAACCUCACCAUUCAUAACUUCACCAACACCGCCUCCACCUGUCAAAACUCCACCACGACCACCUCCACCAAUAAAAAUUCCGUCACCGGCACCAGCUACAGUUCCAAAACCGUCACCUCCUUCGAAGCCUAAGGAAGCAGCAGCACCACCUCGUCCACCUUCACCUUCUGUAAAACCACCAGCUGCUGCGGCUCAAGAGGGACAGUAUGAAGAUGUGAUACCAGAGGCAGUACUUCUAGCGGCACCACCUCCGCCAGGUCGUCCACCUGGCCCGCCACCUGUAUCGAAGCCUGUUCCGCCUAAAUCGCCUCCUCCACAGGCGAAAAUUCCGAAACCGUCACCUCCACCAGUCAAAAGUUCACCAACACCGCCUGCACCUGCCAAGAUUACAACACCACCACCGCCAGUCAAAACUUUACCAACACCGCCUGCACCACCGAAAGCUCCAACACAACCACCUCCACCUGCAAAAACGUUGCCAUCGAUGCCCACAGCGGUCAAAGUUUCGGCACCAAAGCCUACAAAGCCCAAGGAGCCAGCACCUCAAGGGCAACCGGCGCAGGCUAAACAAUCUGUUUAUGUAGUUCAAGAAAAACAGUAUGAGGACGUUGUACCCGAGGCACUGCUCCAAGCAGCACCUCCUCCUCCACCGUCAGCUCCAAGUCGUCCAUCCGGCCCAAUUCCUGCAUCAAAGCCUGCUCCUCUCGAACCACUUCCUCCACCACUCAAGGCUCCUCUUACGAAACCGAAGGAGCCGCAACCACUACCUCCAGUCAAAGCUAAGAUUGUUCCGAUCACACCACCUCCAUCUGCAACUAAGCCGAAGACGACAUCAGCUGCACCUCCUUCAAAACAGCCACCGGCAGCUGCUGUGAAGCCGAAGGUGUUAGCUACAGUAACACCACCGCCCCAUCAACCUCCGCCUCAGCCCCUUUCUUCUCCUCCCCAUAUUGCUUCUACGCCUACACCACCAAUUGCCGCGUCUCAAGGACAGCCGUUACUUCAGAAUGCUCCACCAGCUCCAUUACCACCGAAGCCACUUGUACCUCCCUUGAAACCUCCCUCGCCAUCUUCCUUACCUCCGGCGACUCAAGCGCCCAAAACGACGCCUCCUCCCAAGCCAGCUGCAGUCAUUCCUGCCCAGAAAACGACACCUGCAGCGACAAAGCCCAAGUGA